AUGAAGCGGCGAGCUCGGUGGAGGGUGCUGCCGCCCCCGAACAGCAGGAUAGCACCGAAGACAACCAGAGGGACGUUUCAGAAGGUGACCGAUGAUAAGGGCGCACCCGAACCAACAGCGCCCCCGUCAGGAGAGACAGGGGGUGGCUCAGAGGGCGAUGCUGCCCCCCCUCAAGAGGGAGAGGGGGAGAAGGCAGAAGAACCAGAGGAGCCACCUGUGGAAAAACCUGAGGAGGAGACUCCUGCUGAACAAACCGAGGAGAAGGACACACAUGGGCCUGAAGAAGGUGCCUCUGCUCAGCCCACAAGUGCAGAGCCAGCAGCAGAGCCAGAGGGUGACUCUCUCAAGCCGGACGAGGGCCACCCUGAGGAGGGGGGACAGGAGGAGGAGCCCCCACAGGAGAAACAUGAAACUCCCCUACCCGAUGAGCCCAGUGAAGAAAAGGAGACAGACGAAGCCGACAGCUCUCCUCAGCUGGUAAGCACAGAGCCAGCAGGGGGCGCUGAGAGUGAUUCUCCCAAACCAGACGAGGGCCAGCCUGAGGACGGGGAGCAGGGAGACGGGUCGCCAGAGGAGAAACCUGAAAACGUGGUUGCUGGCGAUCAGGCCGAUAAAAAGGUGACCGUCUGA